GGCAGGCGGCGGCCGCGGCGGCUGAGGAGGCAUCGCUGUGGCGGCGGCUGAGACGGCAGAGGAAGGCGGCGGCGGCGGCGGCUCGGCCCGGAGUCCCGCUCCCGCGCCAUUCGGACCCGGAGCGAGCGUGGCGCGGGCCUGAAGGCGGCGGCGGGAGCCUGAGGCGCGGCGGCUCCGCGACGCGGAGAGAGGACUGCUGAAAAUGACUGAGUAUAAGCUUGUGGUAGUUGGAGCUGGUGGCGUAGGCAAGAGUGCCUUGACGAUACAGCUAAUUCAGAAUCACUUUGUGGAUGAAUAUGAUCCUACGAUAGAGGAUUCCUACAGGAAACAAGUAGUAAUUGAUGGAGAAACCUGUCUCUUGGAUAUUCUCGACACAGCAGGUCAAGAGGAGUACAGUGCAAUGAGGGACCAGUACAUGAGGACUGGGGAGGGCUUUCUUUGUGUGUUUGCCAUAAAUAAUACUAAAUCAUUUGAAGAUAUUCACCAUUAUAGAGAACAAAUUAAAAGAGUAAAAGACUCUGAAGAUGUGCCUAUGGUCCUAGUAGGGAAUAAAUGUGAUUUGCCUUCUAGAACAGUAGACACAAAACAGGCUCAGGAUUUAGCAAGAAGUUAUGGGAUUCCAUUUAUUGAAACCUCAGCAAAGACAAGACAGAGAGUGGAGGAUGCUUUUUAUACAUUGGUGAGAGAGAUCCGACAGUACAGAUUGAAAAAAAUCAGCAAAGAAGAAAAGACUCCUGGCUGUGUGAAAAUUAAAAAAUGCAUUAUAAUGUAAUCUGGGUGUUGAUGAUGCCUUCUAUACAUUAGUCCGAGAAAUUCGAAAGCAUAAAGAAAAGAUGAGCAAAGAUGGGAAAAAGAAGAAAAAGAAGUCAAAGACAAGGUGUAUAAUUAUGUAAAUAGUUUGUACUUUUUUCUUAAGGCAUACUUAAGUAAAAGUAAUUUUUGUACAUUACACUAAAUUAUUAGCAUUUGUUUUAGCAUUACCUAAUUUUUUUCUGUUCGUGCAAACUGUCAGCUUUUAUCUUAAAUGCUUAUUUUAAAAUGACAGUGGAAACCUUUUUUUCUAAGUGCCAGUAUUCCCUGGGUUUUGGACUUAAACUAGCAAUGCCUGUGGAAGAGACUAAAGACCCGAGACCCUGUCUUGGGGUUUGGUGCAUGCAGUUGAUUCCUUGCUAGUUCUCUUACCAACUGUGAACAUGGUUGUGAACCGGAGUGAUGAAGCCUUUGACCCAUCCCUGCUCUGUGUUCAUCUAGGCACUAAGUAAUUCAUUAGUAAUUACAGCUUCAUCGGAGAACUUGUGGUUGCUCUCCUGAAACUGAGGGGUCACAGACUUUAUGGGCGUCCCUUUGAGUCACCUCUAGCAUGUCCUAGUCUGUCCUCCUUCAUAAGUGUAGGGCUGCUCACAAAGGCUUCCUCUAGCUUUCCACUGCAGUUAGUCAUGCUCAGUCCCCCAAAUAGUAUAUUUUUUCUAGAAAAGGGGAAAAACGGGAAGAAAAAAAAAAGGUGGGGGCAAUGGAAAAUACUGACUAAAAGUCCAUUAAAUUUCCAUGUUAGCUAAAUUACUAUACGGUUCCUGUAAUAGCUUUUCCUAGUAAGGCAGACCCAGUAUGAAACAGUAAUGAUUUGGGCUAUAUUUACAUGCUACUAAAUUUUUGUAAUAAUUUAAACAACUUUAACACAUAUAAAACGUUCUCAUAAGAAUGAAGUAUAAUCCCCCUUUGUCAGAUUGUUCUUACCCUAACUUUCAAGUCUUUUUUGAACUUACGUCAUUGAAAGUAGUUUUAAUUCUGGAUGUGAAGCUGAAGAUGAUUUGAGACAGUUGUAACUUAGCAGGUGUUGAGGAGACCAGAGUGCAAGGCUGGGCCUACAGGAGCCUGUGAUGCACACCCCUGGGUGUUACAGCUGCUGCUGCAGUGUUGGCCAUGCGUUGGUUGGUCAGAAUGGGGGUCGAGGAGAG